AGCAGCUCUCGCCAGACUCGCCCUCAAUAGGCGGACGAUAUGCCCUUAGCUUCACUGCGUCUCUUCACUAGAGGAUUUCUCCAGUGAAAAACCAUCGGAUAAUGUGCUUCAGGUUGAUCUUGGUCACAUUGGCUGCCCUGAGCGCCAGCGAUGCCCAGAAUCUACGACAAGUUCCGAGAGACGACUACAGUGUUUUUGUUCGUGCCCUACCACCAGGAGGCCAAGAUAGCAGUCACUCGAGCCAACAACGUUUUAACGCACAGUUCGCCAUAAGACCUCAGCCACAGUUUCCUAGCCAGCAAAAUACGUUUAUAGCCCCACAGCAAUUCACCACUUACGACCAGCAAUCUUUCCGACACUUUCCGCAGAAUCAACAGCAUCAACUUGGUCAAGUACAACUACAUGGUCAACAAGUUCACCUACCAGCUCAACAGACUUUCAACAAUAACGGACCUCAACAUCUGAGCUUCGUCGAUACUCAAGCGAGACAAUUUCCCCAGGAGCAGGCGACCACCACCACCACCACUACUACGCAGAAUCCAUUCGUGCAGUUCCAACAGACCCACUCUGUAUCUGUGUCCACGUCCAACGAUCCUUUCCGUCACAGCAAGGUCAUAGGUUCCCUCCAACCUCCUACACAGGCAAUCCAAAAGGCACCAGCAUCGGAGAUACAGUCCGAUAAGAAAGCGGAACCGAAAGACAAAGCCGCUGGAUCUAAGGAUAAGGACAAGGACGAGUACGUUGUGUACUAUUACUACUAUUACGACGACGACAACAAGAAGAACAACAACCUCUCUCUCAACUUCGAUGACGUCCCAAACCUGGAGGGCUUCGACAAGGUGGGUAAGAGCAACAAGGCUGCCAAGACGCCAAACCCACAGAACAGGUUCGAACCGAAGCCAGCAACGGCUGUGCCACCCGCGGGACAGCAGCCGGCACCUCCAGCCGAACAAGCUGUAACGUCCACACCACAGUCCGUCACCCAAGUACCCUCGUCUGUCUCAGUUGAGUCAUUCACCAGCAAGGCACCUCUAAGUGGACCACCCAACUUGGACUUGACAGGUGCGGUUCUCACGGAACCAGCUGCAGGCGGGGUAUUGUUUGAGCAGCGCAUAACGCAGAACGCCUCUUCAGAAUCUCAGCAGAACACAAACGAAAUUACCAACAAGAAGGCCCCAGAAGAGACCACAACAGUAGUGCAAACUACAACGCAAACACCAACUACAUUACCGCCCACCACAACCACCGAAGAAUUGACGACGACCGAAAAGACUAGACGACCCUUUGGAAACCGACGUCGCCCCGGCGGGCAUGGUCACCGACUUCCAACAGGGCGCAGGACGACCAGCACGACCUCAACUACUACAACGAGACAACCAGUUGGCGUCCCCCGAAGAAACCGUCGACCAUCUCUGCGUCCAAACAGGCUCCAGUUCGGACGUCGCCCUCCACCUGGGCGACAGGAAGAAGAACCGGAAGAGGCAGUUAGCGAAGAAGAACCAACAACAACAGUCGCAUCCACGACCAAGAAGAGAUUCGGAGCAGGACGUUUCGGAAACAAGCCAGCGAGAAGCAGAUCGUCGACGACCAGCAGCACCACGACGGCAGUACCACCAAGGCGAGGUGGACCUUCUGCGUCCGGUCUGUUUGGGCGCACGAGAAAUCCCAGACCACGACCAGCGUUCUUGAGGAAUCGUGGCAAGAAACCAGUCGAAGAGAAACCUGUAGAACACGAUGAACCAUCAGCAACAACUCAAAUCAACAAGGAGGAACCUACAGAGCCGUCCAAACGACUCGAAGAACCGGUGGAUGCUGAAGAAGAACCCACCGAGGCUCCUCCAGUAGUGACACAGGAAACAAAACCAUCUCGUAGUCGGUUCGGAAGCCGGCCACCUCUGUUCGGUGGACGUCCUAGGCCUAAUGUACUGGGACGGUGAUGUCACUGGGACCGCGUUCUUCUACACUCAGGACAAUACGGAGGUCAAACCUCAGCGACUAAAAUCCAGAGAGGACCACGUGUCCAAUUGUGUGCUUAGUAAACAAAUCAUCGUGCCGUUCACCGAGCUGUCAUUUCUACGCCCAUGAAUACCAGCUCAUCCGGCGAGACAGUUAGGUUUGCUAAAAAAUGACAGGCCGUAAUUUCUCUUGUCUGCUAAAUAUGUCGUAUUUUGAAUUUCAUUCCAUAAUGUCACCUGAAACAAUUCCAUAGACGCUGAUGAUAAAAGAGGCCAAACGGAUAUAUUCAAGUGGUAUUAAUCCCGCGCAUGUACAUAUUGGUUGCAUAUCUGUUUUAUUUAGGGCUGUUAACCUAAACGCUUCGCUGUGAUUACAUCCCGACGUAAAGACUUUCGGUAGAAGAUCUCUCCGUUAGAAAGUCAACCCAAAUUCUUUGCGAACAAGGUCAACACCGCCAAGGUGCGACUGGGUUAUGCAGAUCUGGUUGGACGACAUUUCUUGCUGAGAAAGUGGCACGGGACGUGACCUUUCAAUUCCUUUUGUACGGCCGUUGACACGUCAAGUAAACUGUUUUUCCGUCAACCACUUAAAUUUCCACCUGAUUUCACCCCUUUUUGACUUUACCCUUCUGGACGUUCGCAUUUUGCCACGUGUCCCAGGUGUUGACCGAAACCUUUUGCUUUACCGCUACAGACGAGAAUGUGUCAGAUGAAAAUACAGACUAGGAUUCUCAUACAAGUAGGCUAAAGUAAGUCAUGAGUGAGUUAUGGUUAUUGUGAGAAGCAACCAUAUAGACGCGAUCUUUACGUCAUUUGCUGCUUGCGGCGUCCCUAAAAAUAUCGGAGUGAGCACGUUGUAGUCUUGCCGUAGAGGUCAAUGUCCUUUCACAGAAAGCAUAUUAACCCACAUUCGAUCAGGAAGGGAUAUAGGGGGCGUUGCACAUGCCUAUCUUCUUGACGGCGUUUUCUAUUUGGUCGGGAGCCGAGUGAUCACUCAACUCUGAUUUCGUUUCUAAAAAGUAAUAUUGGUUACACUAAUGGGAGGAGAUCUGUGAAGGCCAAUAUUUACGACCCUGUGUGGGAGUGAAUGAAAUAUACUUUCUCGUUGUUUUCCACAGGCGGUCUAAUGGCGGGUGAUGUUUGUCAAAGACAGCAUGAAUUAUCCACAAGACGCAAAAUGGGCUUGCUGUGCAUGCCACAAUUGACAAUUUGUGCAAAAAGUGGCAAUAAAAUUUUCACAAACGGCA